CGAGAACGGUUCUAGCUUCGUGAAAGAUUAACCAAUCGAGCUUUAAUUUGUACCAAUGAUGCACAUAUAACAGGUUGCCAAACAGUCAAAAUUUGGAAAUUUUUGAUGCACUCUAUGAAAAGUUACAGCAUGUUGAACUUUUUUGUGAGCGUAAAAAAAGUUGCCUUUCCCAAACAUUUUGGCCACCUCCUGUGACAGUUGGCUAUAGUAUAAUUAUGCCUUUUUCUAGAACCUUCAUAACUUCGUGAGGAAUAGCCCGAUUUUCUUCCAAAUUUGGACCACUAAAACACAACUAGUUGAUCAACUUACUGUGAAAAUUUGGGAAUAUUUGAUGGACUUUUCGAAAAGUUAUAUUUAGCUAGUUGACCAUUUUUUGAAAAGUGAAAUUUUGCCUGUCCCGAUCAUUUUUUCUAUCCCCUGUAGAUUAUUCCAUUUACAAUUUCCAUAAAACAUUUUGAUAUGCAGAAAAUGGAUCAAUGAAGCAAACUUUUCUCGGAGCUCUUGCCACAUCAAAACAAAGGAUCCACCAUAUAUUGUGACAGUAGUCGAGUUUUGUCAAACACACAAGGCUACAGUGGCGCUAUCUGUUCAUUUCAUAGUUAUUUUAAUGAUCCAUUAUAACUUACGCAGCGCUUUACACUUCUUGGUAAAUUUCCCAAUUAUAAUAUAAACCUAUAAUAAUCAAAUUGCUUUUUUUACUAUUGUCAGAUUUAAGAAAGUUGUUUUUUUAUUUACAGAUAAAAUGUCCGAAACAAUUUUCUGAUAUUGUAUCAAAGUCAAUUGAACGCAUAACACGAGGAAUUCGAUCAGCUAUUAAGCAUUGUGCCGAAGAGACAAACGGUCAAGAUAUCGAGGGUUUGAGACACGAUAUAAGGAAUGCCCCCUUCCACGCCUUCGGUUCUCACGAUGAUUGCCGAUCGUAUUUUUGUACAAACAAAGAGAAUGUCGCUGAUUCUCGCGGGAUAAUAUCUGAUUUGAAAUGCGCUGGAAUAUGGGAUAAGAUCAUGUUGGCUGUAGAAAAAACUGCCGCUAAAGCCGAGUUUUUUAGCGAAAAUCAAACUAGUAACUUGGUUGAAAACUUGUACUGUAGGCUGAGUAAGUACAAUGUGGGCAAGCGGAUCGAUACAAUGAGCAGGGGCUCAUAUCAGAGGAGAGUGUAUAUAACAGUACUUCAACAUAAUGAAGGUUACAAGUGGCACGACAGAUCUAUGUUCGAGUAUACCGGAGAGAAUCCCGGAUACUGGCUUCGUCGUUUGUUCCAACGAAAAACUGCUUCAUUUUUGUAUACUAAAAAAAUGCAGAACAGUUCAGGCUUUGUGAGGCGGAAACCAGUGCCAUAUGACGAAAUAGAGAAAGAUUAUGGAGUUGAUGCAGUAGAAGCUUCUGAGCAAGAGAUGAACAUAAUUGUUGACGCUUCAAGCAUGAAGCGAAUGUAUGAGCCGAGCGAGUCUACUAAACAGUUAUUGAAAAAGGACGUAACUAUGUCACAAAUGGAGGAGUUUGCAUUUGGGCGUAUAUUGUCUAAAUAUGUUCCGGAAAUAAUAAAUUCAAGGGAAUCUACGAAGCAGAAAAAGUGCGAUUUCAUUCUCCAAACAACAAAUACGUGGAAUUAUCUCAAGACGAAUCGUCCGAUCAUCAGUCUUAUUCUGCGUUCUUUGAAAGAUCGACAUUCGAUUGUGAUGGGCGGAAACAGAAUAUACAUUGAUUCAUGCCACAAUUUUCUCUGCUGUGUGCCAGAUGCUGUAUCUGACGAUGGUUCAACGGUGCUGUUGAUAAAAAGAAAUCAUCGGAAAGCAACAAAAGAAGCCGUGCGCAAAACUAAAGGAAAAAACCCAGAUUAA